AUGAUGCUUCCUAGAUUGUUGCUUCGUCAGCGUCAGUCAACUCUGCUCCGAAGGGCCAAAGUGGCCAAUGCUCGUACUCUGACGACGGUGGAGGACGCCUCGAAACCAAUUCGGUGGGGUAUUGUUGGAGCUGGAUCUAUUUCGAAGGAUUUUGCCAAGGCUGUCAACUUUACCCAAGGAGCAGAGAUUUCCGCCGUGGCCGCUCGAUCGGCAUCCAAGGCUGCGGAAUUUGCGAAAAAUCAUGACAUUCCACAAUCCUAUGGAAGCUACGAUGACCUCAUUCAGGAUCCCAAUGUCGAUGUGGUCUACAUUGGAACCAUUGCCGAUACCCACGCUCCGUUGGCCAAAAUGUCUCUGUUACACCACAAGCCCACCGUGGUGGAAAAGCCAUUGACGACCUCGUUCCAGGAAACCAAAGAAUUGAUUGAUCUGGCCAAGCGCAAUCAAGUCUUCUUUCUGGAAGGCAUGUGGUCCAGAUUCUUUCCCGCCAUGAAGAAGGUACGACAACUCAUUGCCGAUGGCGCUAUUGGACAACCCGUAAUGGUCUCGGGGGACUUUGGUUGGUCCACACAAGGAUGUGACGAACAUCAUCGGAUCUGGUUCCCUGCAUCGGGAGGCAUGAUUUACGAUGUGGCCAUGUACAUGGCACAGCUGGGUCUGGCGGCGUAUGAAGGGGAUUCCUUUUACAAAGUAUCCGCCAUGGGUAUCACCCAACAACCAACAACAAUGCAACAUCAUCCUGUCGAUCAUACGGCACUGGUCAGUUGUCAAAUGGAGCACAACCGCAACGGAUUCCUUCAAUUUCAUGUCACGGGGCAAGCCAGCACGGAAGAACGGGCCGUCUUUCAAGGAACCAAAGGCAGAAUCGUCCUAGAAAAUCAUCACGUGCCAUCCAAAAUUCAAUUGUACAACAACGAUGGUGCCCAAAUCUUGGAAUUCCCACUCCCCGAUGAUUCCUUUGCAUCAUGGGACCAUGCUUCCUCGAUUGGCUUUACUUAUCAAAUCGAGGGAGUCGGCAAGGCAUUGCGAGAGGGGGCUUUGGAAUGUCCCGAGUUUACGUGGCGAGAAAGCCUGGAAAUUGCCAGAAUGUUGGAGGAUAUUCGUGGUCAAGUCAUUGGGACGGCGGAAGACGAAGGCGAGUCCAGUGAGCCCGAAUCGGAGACGGCCUCCGUUGCACGGUACGGUAGGUAG